AAUUAACUACAUGUACUUACUAUAGGGUUAGGGUUAGGAUGAGGGUUUGGUUUAGGGUUAAUUGCAUGCAAUUAACCCUUAGUUAUUACUACAGUAACUACAUGUAACAAUUACACUAAAAUAAAGUGUUACAACUUUUUUUUUUAAAGCACUUUUUUGUUACUGCAGCAUUGUGACAAAUUCUCAAAGUUGGAAAAAACAUCUAGAAAUGUCUUUAUUUCAAAAUUCUUUGAACUAAACCAAGAUAAAUCUAUCAAAUAAUGUGACGGUUCAUUGUCCUGUUAAUAAAUUGUUAAUACUCAAUAAUACCCAGAUGUACGCAAACACAUUUUUAACCCAGUGUAGCCAAUGAAAUCUUUCUUAGCACUCAUUUUUUUAGUUUUUUUUUUUUUUUUUUAAGCUAAACUAAAUGUUUAGCAUGAUAAACGUGAUCAUAUAAUUAAACAUUACUUGCAUUAAUGGUUCUUUCAGGUAUACAUUGAAAUGAAUAUUGGCUACUAAUGAAGUACAUCAAAGAAAGUGUUCCUGUGAUGCCUGUGGAUUAAAAUGUAUCAAUCUUCAGAUUGGGGUCAAUGAGCUGUCAGGUAAAAGACUAAAGCUCUUUAAACGCUGUGCUGCACUCUGUGUACACUACAUGGAAAAUGCGAACUGAUUCUGAUGACUACAGUGGGAAGGUGAGAUUAGAAUUACUCAUGGAGAUUGCAGAACUUCUUCACAUUCAGUCAUUUUAUUUAAAAAAAAAAAAAUCUUUGUCUAUUUUGAAAAGUCAAAAAUUUAGGCCAUACAGAUGCAAUUUGCUUUCAUGAUAUCAAGCAUAUUUUUAUCAGAAUAUAGAGAGAGAAAACCACAAUGGCAGGCAACACGAGACCCAUUUACUUCUCAGUCUUCUUCUGCCUUUUCUUGAAAAGCAUAACAUGCAUCGGUUGAUGACAAACAAUUGUAACAUUCAUAAUAUCACAUUACACCACUCACACAGUCCUUUUUAAUGUGCUCGUGAAGACACUGGUCAGCUUAGCGCCUUUUGCUGAGCGCAGCACCUUCUCCCUAAAUCUGAGGUUAGAUGACCUCUCCAUGCUUUGAAUGCCUUCUGUCCUUGUUCUUCAUUGGCCCCACCAACCCAGGUGGUCAGAGACAUCCCCAAAAUCCCUCUAAGACUCGAAACAAUUCACCAGGUCACCAAGAUCCAGUCGUGGUGUGAGCUGUAUCGUUGACAGCACCUGGAGGCCUCUGUGCAAGCGAGUGGUUAUCCAGAAGGACUUCUUUUUUCCUAAUCAAGAGUCAGUAUGGGGGCCGGGGCGAGCGCAGAGGAGAAGCACUCCAAGGAGCUAGAGAAGAAGCUGAAAGAGGACGCCGACAAAGAUGCCAGGACCGUCAAACUUCUGCUGCUAGGUGCUGGUGAGUCGGGGAAAAGCACAAUUGUCAAACAGAUGAAAAUUAUUCACAAAGAUGGUUACUCCGUUGAAGAGUGUAUGGAGUUCAUUAUCAUCAUCUACAGCAACACCCUGCAGUCUAUCCUGGCCAUUGUGAGGGCCAUGACCACACUCAACAUUUCCUAUGGAGAUGCUUCUGCACAGGAUGAUGGAAGGAGGCUGAUGCACUUAGCGGACACCAUCGAGGAAGGCUCCAUGCCCAAGGAGCUGUCAGACAUCAUCCUCAGGUUGUGGAAGGACUCGGGUAUCCAAGCGUGCUUUGAAAGGGCCUCCGAAUACCAGCUCAACGACUCUGCCGGAUACUAUCUGAGUGACCUGGAGAGAUUGAUCCAACCUGGCUAUGUCCCUACUGAACAGGACGUCCUGCGAUCAAGAGUGAAGACCACCGGUAUCAUCGAGACCCAGUUCGGCUUAAAGGACCUCAACUUCAGGAUGUUUGAUGUGGGCGGUCAGCGCUCAGAGAGGAAGAAGUGGAUCCAUUGCUUUGAAGGUGUGACCUGUAUCAUCUUCAUCGCUGCAUUGAGCGCAUACGACAUGGUGCUGGUGGAGGAUGAUGAAGUGAACCGAAUGCAUGAGAGUCUCCACCUGUUCAACAGCAUCUGUAACCACCGUUACUUUGCCACCACAUCCAUUGUGCUCUUCCUCAACAAGAAGGAUGUCUUCUUGGAGAAGAUCAAGAAAGCUCAUCUGAGCAUGUGCUUCCCUGAUUAUGAUGGUCCCAACACCUUUGAGGAUGCUGGUAACUACAUCAAGGUGCAGUUCUUAGAUCUGAACUUGCGACGAGACAUCAAAGAAAUCUACUCCCACAUGACCUGUGCCACAGACACAGAGAACGUCAAGUUUGUGUUUGAUGCCGUAACAGACAUUAUCAUCAAAGAAAAUCUCAAAGACUGCGGUCUCUUCUAAACAAGCCAUUUGUUGGAAGAGGUGAAUAUAUUGUUAUAGUAAUAUAAUAUGAUAAGUAUUGCAUUAUGUUGUUCUAGCAUAUCAAACAUCAAUACAAUUUCUAUACGUGCAUAAUUAAAAUGUCAUUCUUCUUUUACAGAGUGGCUUAAUCAACAAAACCCAAUACUGACCCAUUGCCCCUUCUCAUUUUCCUCCCUGGGUAAUGAGGAAUUCUCCAACACACACACAGAUACACACACACACACACACAAGGGAAUUGAAUUGAUUGCAUAUAGAAGAAGAAAUGAUAUUGUUGCAGUUGGGAUAUACAUUUGAUUAAACACUCUGCAUUUAAUUAAAUAUCAGAGCCUAAUACAUAUUCAUAGCAGCAAGUCAUAUAUAACAACACAUGCAGCAUCACACUGUUUGAAGACCUGGCUCUUAUGAGGGGUGUUUGGGGUUUGGCCCUGUUAGUUUUUCGCAGUGAUCUAUCCUGUAGAUUUGCAACUACAUGCAGCUGCAAACCAAAUAACGAAACUUCUGAAACACCUGCAUAUGCACUUCAGCAUAAUGUUUUGCAAGAGCACAUUAUGAAGAGUAUUUCAGUUAUAUGUUAUAGCAGGUACUAACUGUAUAAAGUUCAUACUUAAGCUGAUUGAGAAAACUUUACUGGGAUGCAAAGUUCUGUUAUUUACAGAGGGGUUAUAUCAUGUUAUGUCCCAUGAUCAGAAUCUCUAUGUAAGACAGAUGACUUGGAUGAAAAGAUAGCUUGUAAUCAUAUUUCAGUAAGAUGCUUAGCUCAGGAGCACGGUUAGCUAGCUCUGAGACAAGAAACGAUGUUUGAGUGAAUUGAUUAAAUUACAACAGCGAAUAUUGAUUAAAAGGGCACAACUGACUGCAAAACCAUAAACAUCCAUGUAAAUGUAAAUUGAAUGAAUAAAGCUUCUGUAGAAAAGACUGAACCUGAUGUGUUUGUCCUUUAAGUGUCCUGGUUGAUGAUGGGAUGAUCGGGUGUGCUUACAUAAUAUAUUAGUAUGUUAUUAAUAAAUAUUGAUUAUAUUUACAGUACUGUGCAAAAGUCUUAGGCCACCACCAGCUUUGUUGUUUUAGGAAUGUUUUAAUGACAUUUCAUUUUCAGUCUCUUUAUUACGAUACAAACAGAAAAUACAGGAAAUAUGUACACAAAAUGUAAAAAAAAAAAUGUUUCUUUAAACAAAAAUCAGUAUUUAGUGUGACCUCUUAGACUUCUUCCAUUUUCUCAAAAAUGAAACUCGGAGAAACUUCUCAUCAGAUUUUUAGUUUAGUUUUCUUGGCCUUCCAGUACUUUUUUUUUUUUAGUUUUCGACAACCGUGUAAGGGGAGGUCACUAAAUACUUGCCACUUUAGCAUAUAAAAGCUGUUUUUUUCUGAUUUUUUUUCUGUUUUUUAAUACUGCAUACAAAUUUACUGUAUUUUCUGGUUAUAUUCUAAUAAAGACAGUGAGAAAUAAUUAUAUAUGGUCAUUAUAUCAUUGCUAAAACGGUGGCCUAAGACUUUUGCACAGUACUGUAUAUACAUUUUAUCAUCAAUUUACUGAUUUAUACUUAUCUUAUAUUUAAUUAUAAUAUUAGUUUAUAAUUUAUUUCCUAGCAUAUACACCUUCCAUAACAUUAAUUUAAUUUAGAAUUAUUUGUUUUAGUAAUAUAGAUUUUUUUUUAUUAUUAAUUCAUAUAUUAAAACAAUUAUAUAUGCACAUUUAAAGAUAUAACAAUAAUUAAUAUAAUAAAAUAUAAUUUUAAUCAUAAAUAUAAAUUAUAUAAUAAAAACACAUUUUAUUUUUGUUUAAUUAUAUAAAAAAUAUAUUAUUUAAUUAUUUAUAAAAAUGGGAUGCCCCCUAACAACAUUAUCUGCAGGUUUAUUAAUGGAUCUGUUCCAGUGGCUUUGUAUUACAGUGUUAUAAAUAUUCUAAACAUAUUUAUAUUCAAAUAUUGGGGGGUUAAUUACAGUUUAAACUGUGCUUAUUAGAAUGACUGUACAGUUUCACUCACUGAUGUGAAAAAGAUUCUAUUUUGUGCCUUUUGCAGUUUCAACUCAAUCAUGUUAGACUGUCAAACAGUUUCGUCAAGUCAUGUUUUUAAUUUUGAUUUGAUAAAAUGCACAGUGUAGACAUCCACCUUCGUCUCUUUGGACUAAAGGUUAAAUUACAAUAAAAUCAACAAGCAGAUCAACAUUAAUCUAAUCAACUUUAAUUAGAAUACUUGUAUUUGAUAAAAUCAAAUCUGAAUAAAUAUCAACCCCUAAUUACUGAGAGUAUCCUCCAUAUGUUCCCCAAGGAAAUUAUAAUUUGUAAUACAAACGAAAUGAAUUCUCUCAUAAGAAUGCUGAUCACACUCAGAAUCCCUUAUUUUCGACUUUUGUUCAGAAAACAUAUGCACCAACAUUUAAGCAUUAAAAGAGAAAAAGUUAAUGUUACUGACACAUUACAUGCAUAUCACCUCUGAGUGACUGCAUUAUGGCAAACUACUGAUCCUGAGGACUGAAGAAAAAUGAAAAUGAAAUUUGUUAAAGGCACAUUUUUUUUUUUUUUUUGUUAAAUAAUGUAAUAUUUGGUCCAAGAUUUUUGUUACAUUGUUUGCUUGUUUGUUUA